AACUCGCGUGCACACAUCUGUACAUCUCGGAGGUGUCUUGCAUAGAAUACCAUCCUGUAAUACCUUCACAGCGUUUACAUCCAAUAAGCAAUGCGGCCAUUGUCCACUCUGUCUGUACUUGCUUGGCUCGGAGGUUUCCAAGCCUUACCGGUCGAUGCGAUACAGACCAUCUCCGCCGUUGGCUCCAAGUUCUUCUACGAAGAUGGUAGCCAGUACUUUCUGAAGGGAAUUGCUUAUCAACUCAUCCCCGAGGAUCCCUUGGUUGAUACCGAACAGUGCAAUCGCGAUUUUGCUCUCAUGGCCGAGCUAGGCACUAAUGCAAUUCGCGUUUACCACGUCGAUCCCAAGGCUAAUCAUGACGGUUGCAUGGAGGCGCUUGCGGCCGCAGGCAUCUACCUCUUCGUGGAUCUAGACACAUUCGAUACGUCUAUCAGCCAGGACAAACCACAGUGGACGCAUUCCCAAUUCAAUCGAUAUAAGGCUGUGUUGGACGAAUUCCAAAAAUAUAACAACACCGCCGGCUUAUUUGUCGGCAACGAGGUAAUCAACACUAAGGAAGGCUCGGUCGCCGCUCCGUAUGUCCUGGCCGCAGCGCAUGAUAUCAAAUCGUACCGCAACGAAAAAGGCUAUCGGAACAUCCCGGUUGGUUACUCGGCAGCUGAUAUUGCAGAGCUGCGUCCCAUGUUGCAAAACUAUCUAGCUUGUCGUCCCGAAUCUGCUGACCGACUGGAUUUCUUCUCACUUAAUGCCUAUGAGUGGUGUGGUUCCUCUUCGUACGAGACAUCCGGCUACAAGAGACUUCAGAGCCAGGCAAGCGACUACCCGAUCCCAAUCUUCUUCUCAGAAACAGGCUGCAACGUGGCACGGCCACGGACCUUUGAAGACCAGGCUGCCAUUUUCGGCCCUGAGAUGUCAAAGACUUGGUCCGGUUCCAUUAUCUAUGAAUGGAUUCAGGAGGCCAAUGACUACGGCCUGAUCAAAUAUGGUCCGCCCUCAGGCGCCUCACCCGCCAAAAUGCUUGUACAGGAUGGCUUUACCCGCCAAGGAGAACCUAUUGCGGUGGACCCCGACUUCCACAACCUGAAAGCGCAAUGGGCUAGGUUACGGCCUACCGGAGUAGCCUUGUCCGACUACAUAAAAUCCACUUCCACUAUCAGGCCUGCAUCUUGCCCCGCUUCGACACCAGGUGGAUGGGCCGUGGAUUCUCACCAACCCCUUCCUACUCUUCAACGAGCUACCUCGGACGUGGCAGAUGUCGGCCCAAAUCCUGGUUCCGGGUCUGGGCCUGAUUCGGGAUCGCGUCCAGAGCACCUUUCAGCACGUGUGACUUCAGCUGCACCCUCCGAUUAUCACUCCCAUCGUGCCGUCAAUAGCGCCUCCUCGGGAACGAGGGGCUUUGAUCGUCUUGCACGCGGAUCCUUCUUCCUCUGCAUGUCGAUCGGUGCCUUGGCUCUGUGGCUCUAAUGAUCAUGUUGGAUGACUAACGCUAGCGUUGCCUUUCUGUCCUUUCUUUCUGAGUUCUUGUUUUACCUGGCCCAUAUACAGCCCAGUUGUUCCGUGAAGCACUGCUGUCAAAAAAUACCUUUACACUUUGUGAUUCUUAAAAAUAGCGUCAUAGGUGCAGGCUCGCCUGA